GUAGUAAUAAUAUGAAUUUAUAUUGUUGAAUUAGUUCUAGUUAGCUCUCGCUCAUACAUUUCAGUUCAAGUUUCUACAGCCGGAGAUCACAUAUCACACACUGUCUUACAAUCUCAGUUGCUUUUGUGAUUCAUGUAACUGCAGCUGGUGGUUCUGUGUUCCCCACAAUUGCAAACUUCAGGCUAUCCCUUUCCUACACUUUUAAUCUGCUUUCAUAUAUAUCUUUUAUAUUGAGUUCUCCUUAUUCAUUUCAAUGGAUAUAAUUUCUCCUGUCGUUGGACCAAUUGUGGAGUACACUUUAAAGCCUAUUGGUCGUCAAUUGAGUUAUCUAUUCUUCAUUCGCCAACAUAUUCAAAACCUUGAGAGUCAAGUUGAAUUGUUGAAGAACACUAAAGAAUCGGUGGUUAACAAGGUUAAUGAAGCGAUAAGAAAUGCUGAAAAGAUAGAAUCCGGUGUUCAAAGUUGGUUGACUAAGGUGGAUUCCAUCAUUGAAAGAUCUGAAACGUUACUAAAGAAUCUUUCUGAGCAAGGUGGAUUGUGCUUGAAUUUGGUCCAGAGACACCAAUUAAGUAGGAAAGCUGUAAAGUUGGCUGAGGAGGUUGUUGUGAUAAAAAUUGAGGGGAAUUUCGAUAAAGUCUCCUCUCCUGUAGCUCUUUCAGAGGUUGAGAGUUCAAAGGCAAAGAAUUCUGAUUUUGUCGACUUUGAAUCAAGAAAGCCAACUAUUGACAAAAUCAUUGCUGCACUUAUGGAUGAUAAUGUCCACACAAUUGGAGUGUACGGGAUGGGAGGUGUUGGCAAAACAAUGCUAGUCCAAGAGAUUUCAAAAUUAGCUAUGGAGCAAAAGCUAUUUGAUGAAGUAAUCACAUCAACUGUUAGUCAAACGCCAGACUUAAGAAGAAUUCAAGGACAACUUGGUGAUAAGCUUGGACUCCGAUUUGAACAAGAAACAGAAGAAGGAAGGGCUCUUAAGUUACUAAAUAGGUUGAAGAUGGAACGUCAAAAGAUCCUCAUUGUACUUGAUGAUGUUUGGAAGCAAAUUGACUUGGAAAAAAUAGGAAUUCCAAGCAUUGAAGAUCACAGUGGAUGCAAGAUCCUAUUUACCUCUAGAGAUAAUGAUGUUCUCUUUAAUGAUUGGCGCACAUAUAAAAAUUUUGAGAUAAAAUUUUUACAAGAGGACGAGACGUGGAAUUUAUUCAGGAAAAUGGCUGGUGAGAUUGUUGAAACAUCUGAUUUUAAGAGUAUAGCUGUUGAAAUAGUAAGGGAAUGCGCACAUUUGCCCAUUGCUAUUACUACAAUCGCUAGGGCAUUGAGAAAUAAACCUGCAUCCAUUUGGAAAGAUGCCUUAAUCCAACUAAGAAAUCCUGUCUUUGUGAAUAUUAGAGAAAUAAAUAAGAAAGUGUAUUCUUCCCUAAAGUUAAGUUACGAUUACUUAGAUUCUGAAGAGGCCAAAUCACUAUUUUUGCUCUGUAGUAUGUUCCCAGAAGAUUAUAUCAUUGAUUGUCAGGUCUUGCAUGUAUACGCUAUGGGCAUGGGUUUAUUGCAUGGUGUUGAGAGUGUAGCACAAGCACGAAAUAGGAUAACGAAAUUAGUUGAUGAUCUCAUAUCUUCUUCUUUGCUUUUAAAAGAAUCAAAUGUCGAUUUGGUUAUGUAUGUUAAAAUGCAUGAUAUAGUUCGUGAUGUGGCUAUAAUAAUUGCAUCUAAAGAUGAUCGUAUUUUUACACUAAGCUAUUCCAAAGGAUUAUUGGAUGAAUCAUGGGAUGAAAAGAAACUAGUAGGUAAGCAUACUGCAGUGUGCUUAAAUGUUAAAGGUUUGCAUAACCUUCCCCAAAAGUUAAUGCUACCCAAAGUUCAGUUAUUGGUGUUUUGUGGAACUUUAUUAGGUGAACAUGAGUUGCCAGGAACAUUUUUUGAAGAAAUGAAAGGGAUGCGAGUUUUGGAAAUAAGAAGCAUGAAAAUGCCCUUAUUGUCACCAUCACUUUACUCUUUGACAAACCUUCAAUCGUUGCAUUUGUUUGAUUGUGAAUUGGAAAACAUAGAUGUGAUUUGUGAGUUGAACAAACUUGAAAAUCUCAGCCUAAAAGGAUCACAUAUCAUCCAGAUCCCUGCAACUAUAAGUCAAUUGACACAACUAAAAGUAUUAGACUUAUCAGAAUGUUAUGCACUAAAGGUAAUUCCGCCUAAUAUUCUUGUAAAUUUGACAAAGUUGGAAGAAUUAUAUUUGCUAAAUUUUGAUGGUUGGGAAAGCGAAGAAUUGAACCAAGGAAGAAGAAAUGCUAGUAUAUCUGAGCUUAGUUACCUUUCUCAGCUUUGUGCUUUAGCAUUACAUAUUCCAAGUGAAAAAGUUAUGCCAAAAGAGUUGUUUUCAAGGUUUUUUAAUUUGGAAAAGUUUGAAAUUUUUAUUGGUCGCAAACCUGUUGGACUUCACAAAAGGAAAUUCUCAAGAGUGUUGUGUUUGAAGAUGGAAACAACAAAUAGUAUGGAUAAAGGAAUAAACAUGUUGUUAAAGAGGUCAGAAAGAUUACAUUUAGUAGGAUCAAUUGGUGCAAGGGUUUUCCCGUUUGAGUUGAAUGAAAACGAAUCUUCAUAUUUGAAGUAUCUCUACAUCAACUAUAAUUCAAAUUUUCAACAUUUUAUCCAUGGACAGAACAAGACUAAUUUGCAAAAAGUCUUGUCCAAUAUGGAGCGUCUGGAAUUGAGCUAUUUGGAGAAUUUGGAGAGUUUUUUUCAUGGUGAUAUUAAAGAUAUUUCUUUCAACAACUUGAAGGUCAUAAAGUUGUUAAGUUGUAAUAAAUUAGGAAGUCUUUUUUUGGAUUCCAACAUGAAUGGCAUGUUAUUGCAUCUUGAGAGGAUUAACAUUACUGAUUGUGAGAAGGUGAAAACAGUUAUUUUAAUGGAAAGUGGAAACCCAUCUGACCCUGUUGAAUUUACAAAUUUGAAGCGUUUAAGGCUAAAUGGGUUACCACAACUUCAAAGUUUUUACUCCAAAAUUGAACAAUUGAGUCCUGAUCAAGAAGCAGAAAAAGAUGAGAGAAGCAGAAAUUUCAAUGAUGGUUUACUUUUUAAUGAACAGGUAUCACUUCCUAAUCUGGAGGAUUUGAAUAUUGAAGAGACUCACAAUCUGAAGAUGAUAUGGUGCAAUGUACUCAUUCCCAAUUCCUUUUCUAAGCUCACAUCCGUCAAGAUUAUUAAUUGUGAGAGUCUUGAAAAACUUUUUUCUUCAAGUAUGAUGAGCAGACUUACAUGUCUUCAAUCCUUAUACAUUGGAAGUUGCAAGUUAUUAGAAGAGGUAUUCGAAGGUCAAGAGUCGGGCGUUACGAACAAGGAUAUUGAUUUGCUCCCAAAUUUGAGGCGUUUGGACUUAAUUGGACUGCCAAAGCUGCAGUUUAUAUGCGGGAAGAAUGAUUGUGAAUUUCUGAAUUUUAAAAGUAUACCUAAUCUGACCAUUGGUGGUUGUCCAAAACUUGAAGCAAAGUAUUUAAUCCAAGUUCUUGACAACAUGAAAGAUCUGACAAUAGAUUUAAGAAGAUUGGAGGAGAUUUUAAACAAGGAAAAGUCAGUGGUAGAACUUGAUCUUUCAUUGGAGACGUCCAAGGAUGGUGGAGAGUUAUUUGGAAAACUUGAAUUUUUGGACUUGUGCGGUUCGCUUAGUCCUGACUACAAAACGAUUACUCAUUUGCCAAUGGAAAUUGUUCCAAUAUUACACAACCUUAAAAGUUUGAUUGUGAAAAGGACAUUCUUGGAAGAAAUCUUUCCAAUGACAAGAUUGGGUAAUGUUGAAGAAUGGCAAAAUAAAAGAUUCAAGCUUUCCUCUUUGGCAUUAAGGGAAUUGCCCAAACUUAAGCAUUUGUGCAACGAAGACUUACAAAAGAAUUCUUCGAUGCUUCAAAAUUUGAAAUAUUUCUCCAUAAAGGGAUGUGGGAAAUUGAAUAUGUUUGUUCCAUCGUCAAUGUCGUUUAGAAACCUGGUCGAUUUGAAAGUGAUGGAAUGUCAUAAAUUGAUCUAUUUGAUAAAUCCUUCUGUAGCUAGAACCAUGGGUCAACUUAGACAGUUGGAAAUAAGACGAUGCAAAAGAAUGACAAGUGUGAUUGCUAAAGAAGAAAAUGAUGAGAUUUUAUUCAACAAAUUAAUCUACUUGGUUGUUGUGGAUUUGCCCAAAUUGCUGAACUUUCAUUCCGGAAAAUGUACCAUUAGAUUUCCGGUCUUGAGACGAAUAAGUGUUCAAAAUUGUCCUGAAAUGAAGGAUUUUUGUACUGGAAUUGUUAGCACGCCUCAUUUGCUAACUGAAAGUAUUAUACACUACGAUGAUGCAACUAAUAAAUAUAUUCCAAUACUUAAAGAUUAUUCAAAAGAGGCCAUUGUAAAAGAUAUGAAUGUUGCUAUUCGACAAGUUUGGGAGAACCAUUACGACUUCAACCUUCACUGUUUGUUUGAAGUAGAGAAUCUGAAGGAGGAAAACCAAUGUGAAUCUUCUUCACAUGUUGAGCAGUUAGAGUAAUGAUGAUAUCUCAUUACUUUAUCAGAUUUCAUGAAAAGGGAAGGUCAGAUGAAAAGAUGAAACCAUUAGGUCACACAGUGGGUUACUUCAAUUGAAUUUGGAGGAAAACCGAGUUGAUGUUAAAGGAAUUAUAUUCACACAUUGAUCCUUCAUUAUUUAAAGGACACAGUGCCUUACGUUCCACGCUUUCAUCUCUGUUGAAUGUUUCACGCUUGCGAUACCCACCCACGUCCCGUCUCACACGACUGCCCUCCGUUCAACCCACGACGACGCCGUUGUUGUCUCUGUCCAAUCGCCAAUCGCUAAUGCUUUCAAAUCAAACUCGUUUGAAUUCUAAUAUAUUUUGAAAUUUUCUUUUAUUUGUGUCGAGUUUAAAGAAGUUGAAUUUUGGAUCAAGAAUUGUAAGUGGAUUUCACACUUCUUCCAAAAUUUAUUUUAGACUAAUAUGAUUUGAUAAGAGGUUGAAAGUAUGUUCUAAAUGUUAAAAUGUUUGUUUAUUUUAUUUGAGGAUUGAUUUUAUAGUAAUAAUCGGUGAGGUUUUCGGUAUAUGAAAUUCUCUUUCUUCGUCAA